AUGUGUUCAAUAAGAUUUGGACUGAACAGAUACUUUAAGUCUGUUUUCAACAACGAUAUUAUCAAGGAUAAAGAGUUUGAAGAAGCAAAUAGCGUGUACGAGGCUCAAUGCGUAUAUUUAAAGAAACGAGGACUUGCCAAAACUGAACACAAACCGCCAAUAGCCGACGAAGACAUCAAAAAACUAUACGAAAGCGGCGUUUUCAAUACAGACAGUCCCGCUACUUUGCAAAACAAAGUCUUCUUUGAAAUUAUGUUCUUCUUCUGUUGUCGAGGAAGAAAUCUCCGUGAACUAAAGAGAGAUGACUUCGCUAUUAAAACGAACCCACAAGGACAGCGAUGUGUUGUCAAAAAAACGGACGAACUCACGAAAAACCAUCGUGUACACGACGCUCAAGCCGAGGAAGGGGGAAUGAUGGUUGCCAACGAUAGUCCCUACUGCCCUGUGACUGUGUAUUCGUUCGAGAAAUAUUUGACCCAUCUUAAUCCACUCAACUAG